AUGGCUACUCUCCAAGUGGACAAGGAGAAUUGCCUGCCCUUCAGACCCACGCACCUGGGCACCAAAACCGUUGCCAAGGGCCUGACGGAGCAGUCCGGCGCGCGUCCUGCAGUCCUUCAGCCCCUCAGCGUCAAUGUCGCAUCAAAUACAGCAGCCAGCGCGGCUCCCGGCAAGGCUGCGCAGCCGACGGGCCCGGUCAAGACAGCAGCUGCCGAGAGUCGCACGGCGGAGAGGACCAGCAGCAGUGCAAGUGCGCGAUGGCAGCUGACAGACUUCGACAUCGGGAAGCCCCUGGGCCGGGGGAAGUUCGGAAACGUGUACCUGGCCCGGGAACGGAAGAACAAGUACAUUGUUGCCCUGAAGGUGCUGUUCAAGAACCAGCUGCAGACAUCCAACGUGGAGCACCAACUGCGGCGAGAGAUCGAGAUCCAGAGCCACCUGCGCCACCCCAACAUCCUUCGGCUUUACGGCUACUUCUACGACGAGACCCGCGUGUACCUUAUCCUGGAGUACGCUGCCAGGGGCGAGCUGUACAAGGAGCUGCAGAGGGUCGGGCACUUUGACGAGCCCCGGACUGCGACGUACAUUGCCAGCCUGGCCAAGGCCCUGCUCUACUGCCACUCCAAGCAUGUGAUCCACCGCGACAUCAAGCCCGAGAACCUGCUGCUGGGUCUCCACGGCGAACUCAAGAUCGCGGACUUUGGCUGGUCCGUGCACGCCCCCAACUCGCGGCGCCAGACGCUGUGCGGCACACUGGACUACUUGCCCCCCGAGAUGGUGGAGGGGCGCGCCCACGACACCGGCGUCGACAUCUGGUCCCUGGGCGUGCUGGCCUUCGAGUUCCUGGUGGGCACCCCCCCCUUCGAGGCUGCGGGGCACAGCGACACCUACAAGCGCAUCCUCAAGGUGGACCUCCGCUUUCCGGACACCCCUGUCGUGUCGGCGGGGGCCCGGCGCCUCAUCUCCAAGCUCCUGGUCAAGGACCCAGCGGCCCGCUUACCGCUCAGCCAGGUGCUGACGGACCCCUGGAUCGUGGAGAACGCCGACCCGGCCGUCCUGGCGCGCUCGCUGUGA